UAAAGCAUUUGGCAAGAGGCCCUCACAUUUCAUUGUCGCACACACAGCUCCGUCAUAGUGAGGAAGGAAAGGCAGAGAGGCCGUCUCCCAGUGUGACGUCUUUGCAACAAUGUCUACCAUUCAGCAAUUGAAGAACUUCAUUCGUCAUGGCAAGCAAGCCAGGACAAACAACGACGAUUCGCAACACAAAAGCGACCAUUCACCCACAAAUGUGCAUCCUCCACAGAAAGCCAUGGCCCAUGUAACUGAACCAGCUAUGGGCGUCGGCGGCGCUGCAAGAGCUCAACAGGCCGGACCUCUCCCAGAUGCCUACUCUGUCCAAGCCGGUGCAAAUGGACAGCAAAACCGUGUCGCUCAGGCCAAUGACGUCGCUGCACACCACGCCGACCAGCCACUCAGCAAGCAGCAGCGACAUGAGGAAGCUCACGUCGCCAAGUUGGUCCAAGAGGAGAACCAGAGCCGUAGCAAAUUCCCCAGGUAUCCCGGUCUGGAGAGAUGGGAGCUCACUGAGAAGAUGGGCGACGGCGCCUUCAGCAACGUUUAUCGUGCCCGAGACCUGACUGGAGAUGCCGGUGAGGUCGCCAUCAAGGUCGUCAGAAAAUACGAAAUGAACAACAUGCAGCGAGCGAACAUCUUGAAAGAGGUUCAAAUCAUGCGCCAACUGGACCACCCUAAUAUCAUCAAACUCAUUGACUUCUCGGAAUCGAGGCAAUACUAUUACAUCAUCCUUGAGCUCGCGCCAGGUGGUGAAUUAUUCCACCAGAUUGUCAGACUUACUUACUUCAGUGAAGACUUAUCUCGCCACGUCAUCACCCAGGUGGCCAAGGCUUUGGAAUACCUUCACGAGGAGCGGGGAGUGGUUCACCGUGAUAUCAAGCCGGAGAACAUCUUGUUCGAACCUAUUCCUGUUGUUCCCUCUCGAACACCACAGCCUAAGCAGCCUGGCGAUGAAGACAAGGUUGACGAGGGUGAGUUCAUCCCGGGCCUGGGUGCUGGAGGUAUCGGACGUAUCAAGAUUGCCGAUUUCGGUUUGUCCAAGAUUGUUUGGGAAAACUCAACAAUGACGCCUUGUGGAACCGUUGGUUAUACGGCCCCUGAAAUCGUCAAGGACGAGCGUUACUCAAAGUCUGUCGAUAUGUGGGCGCUAGGAUGUGUACUAUACACGUUGCUCUGUGGUUUCCCACCAUUCUAUGACGAAAGUAUUGAGGUUCUCACUGAGAAGGUCGCGAAGGGCCAAUAUACCUUCCUGUCUCCUUGGUGGGACGAGAUCUCCAAGUCCGCUCAGGAUCUGAUUACACAUCUUCUUACUGUGGACCCGGAGAAGCGUUACACCAUUACCGAGUUCUUGCAGCAUCCUUGGAUCAACCAAUCUGGUCCCACGCCCCGUGAGGAGAAGAAGCCUAGCAGCGAAAACCUCAAAGCUUUCGACGCCGCCCGGUUCAAUGAUGGUGAUAGACGUAUGGAUUUCCGUUCACCAGGAGCUGUCAAUCUCCGUGAAAUCUUCGACGUCGGCUACUCGGUACACCGCCAGGAAGAGGAGGCCAAGCGCAGGAAGCAAGUUGGUACCAAGGGCCAGACACCAGCUCGCCUGCAGGAACUGAACGAGUCAGAGGAAGACGAGGAGAAGUCUGAUCCUGAAUACGUCCACAAGACAGACGCCUCGAAUUUGGAGCAACGAAUGCGUGACACGAACCUGGGUAAGGGCCAGGAGCGUGGACGGGAACGUGAACGCCAGACCGAAAAGGAAGCCAAGGGCUAUGGUCAACACAGUGCUACCGUCGCAGCAGCUGCACGUCAACAAGUUCGGGAACGCAACAAGCAAAAAGGCGCUUUCGAAUUGAGCCUCGAUGGCGCAACGCUUUUGGGACGGCGCAAGAAGCCCCUUGCAACAGCAGGUGGUGCUUAGUUGCGUUAUC